GCUAUCUGUGCACAGCUCGCACAUUCAUCGUUGUUGUUUUAUUAGGCGUCUCCAUCUUUCACCUUGCCGUUAUAUCGCUGCUGAGAUUCAUAACAAUCCAAUGGCCAAUGCAGCAUGCCCGAUUCCUGACAUCCUUUACAUUGAAGGUGAUCGCUGUCAUUAUGUGGAUGUAUGCCAUCUUCCUCAACCACUUCAUGUUUUUUGACAAAUUCAACACCUGGAUGCCUGAUACUGGUAGCUGUCUCAUAUAUUAUAUUGCAGUUCCUGGCUAUUUCAAAAUUAUUCAGUGGCAUGUCAUUUUGUUCAUGAUUGUAUGUCUCAUCAGUUCCAUUAUGAUUGGAUACAUUGCAUGGAAACAGAGCAAGAAAAUCGCUCAGGUAAUUGUUCUCUCUGAUGCAAAUAAGGAAAAGUUAAAAACGGAGAAGAAAUAUACAAAGACAUUACUGUUGAUUGUUGGACUCUUCCUCAUAACCUUUCUCCCUUUUAGUAUAUUUAGCUCCUUUCGAUUUGAUAUAGACUCUGUAUGGCUACAAAGUUUUGGACUGUUUAUUUCCAUGUUUGGAUUUUGUAACAGCGCAAUGAAUCCAUGGGUCUACGCUCUACGGCAUCAGACUUUCCGUCAUGCCAUGUUACGCACACUCAAGUGUUCUGGCACCACAACAAGUGUUACAAGUGCAAGCUAGGUUCACAAGGUGCAAUUAAGCAGGACAUUCUUGUUUAUUAACUCCUACCAAAGGAAUGGGGUAUUAAGGAGGGAAAUAAACAGUUAUUCAACAAAGAGCGAAUUUGUCUGUUUCCACAGUCAGGCUCAAAAUUAGAUUAAAAUUAGAUAAUUUUCUAAAGCAUUUGUGCUGCAAAUCUACAAGUAACAGUGUUUUGUUUGGAUUGUUUUAGAUUAAGUUCCUUUUUACAAAAUGGUGUGGUAUUUUGAUUUCAAACCACUCUGUUAUUUAGGCAGAGUUUGUUUUUCUGAUACAAAUUCCUACCUCAAAUAUCACAAUCAAUUAUUCUGAAAACAGCAUGUUGUUAUUAAUUGCAUAUUAUUAUUAUUAUGAGCUUUAUU